UAUUUGCUUAAUGGCUAAGAAAUUCAAUUAUGGUCACCCACUUAUCCCAAAUAAAAAUAUUCCUUAUUACCCAAAAAGUAAUCAAUCCAAUGGCCAUGCUUAACUCUUCUUUUUAUUUAAAGUAGUUCGUCCCUUCUUGAAAGCUAGUUAUAAAGAAAGCUGUAGAAGAAAAGAAAAAUAUGCUGUGAGUGAUAGUUUCAAGGAAAAGCUAGUGAAGUAGGUAAGUGAAGAAAAAAUGUAUAGAUUUAGCAACACAGUGAUAGGUUUCUUGAAUCUAUUCACACUUUUAGCAUCAAUUCCAAUCAUAGGUGCUGGAUUGUGGAUGGCAAGGAGCAGUACAACAUGCGAGAAAUUCCUCCAAACACCACUGUUGUUCAUAGGUUUCAUAAUCCUCAUAGUUUCAUUGGCAGGUUUCAUAGGAGCUUGUUUCCAUGUUGCAUGGGCACUUUGGCUCUACCUGUUUGUCAUGUUGUUCCUCAUAGGGGCAUUGAUGGCGCUAACUGUGUUUGGUUUUGUGGUAACAAGCCCAGGUGGUGAAGUGGAUGUGCCUGGCAAAGUGUAUAAAGAGUAUGAUCUUCAGAACUACUCACCAUUGUUGAGGAAGAGGAUUAAGGAUCCUCAGUAUUGGGUCACUAUUAGGGCUUGUAUUUUGGGUUCCAAGACUUGUGCUACUGUUAUUACUUGGACACCCUAUGAUUAUCUUACCAAAGACUUGACUCCUAUCCAGUCAGGAUGUUGCAAGCCACCAACAAAAUGCAACUAUGGUUUGACAGCAAUAAAACAGGAGGUGGAUUGUUACCAUUGGAAAAAUGAUCCGAAUAUGCUGUGCUAUGAGUGUGAUUCUUGCAAGGCUGGAGUUCUUGAAGAUAUGAGAAGGGAUUGGCAAAAGAUCUCAGUUCUUAACAUUGUCAUGCUCGUCAUCCUCAUUGGAAUUUACUCCGUUGGUUGCUGUGCUUUCCAAAACACCAAGAGGGCUGAAUCAGAUUACCCGCAUGGUGAAAAUCGUAUGUAUAAAGUCCGACCCAGAUGGGAUUUCUACUGGUGGAGAUGGUGGCACGACAGGAGACAUCAGCUUUAUUAGACCGCACUUGACCCUUGCUCUUCGUUUGGUGCACAUCGUUCUGUAAAAGCAGCAUACCAUAAAAAAUGAUGCUGAUUAAUAGUCUCUUGUUUUCCUUCAAUUUAAACAAAUGUUACUACUAUCUAGGUUUUAUCCACACCUUGCUUUGAUUGCCUUUUCCAUACAAAGAAAAAUAUUUCACUACUUAAUUUCACAUACCAUCAAAAAUGAUGUUGAUUAA